AUGCUGGAUAUGGCAGAGGCAUUCAAAUUCAGGCUGCUUCAAUCCACUCCCUAUUAUGCUCAAGCUAACGGGCAGGCAGAAUCAAGCAACAAGGGUCAUGAUGCAAUUCUGCCUAGGGAGAUAGCUAUUCAGUCCCUCAGAAUUGCUCACCAACAUGAUCUGGUAGGAGAAAACUACUCUCAAGCCAUGCUGCUAGAACUUGAAGAAUUGGAUGCAAGCAGAAUUGACACCCUUAAUAAACUCCUGGCAGGAAAGCAAGCUGUGUCGAGGGCUUAUAAGAAAAGAGUCAAGAACAAGAGUUUUGAAGAAGGAGAGAUAGUCUGGAAAGCGGUUCUGCCCCUUGGAACACAUGUGGCUGGUUAUGAAAAAUGGUCACCCACAUGGGAAGACUCUUUCAUAAUCAAUCAGAUCCUUGGAAUGGGGGCAUACAGGUUGCAGGAUCGAGAAGGGGAAGUUUACGCUGCCCCAAUCAAUGGCAAACGGUUGAAAAUGUUUUUCCCAACUAUGUGGGACUCACAAGCCAUACAGACAGAUCCCGGGAUAGAGAAGGAACAACACUGA